CAGACAGAGAGAGGGAGAGAGAGAGAGAGAGCAGAGAGAGGGUUUGUCAGGCUCCCUCCUCCCAAAUCCAGAAAAUCUUACCAAGGAAAAAGGAGGAGUGUCGGGGGUGAGAGAGACGCAGAGGAAUCCAGAGGAAUUUCCGAGGAUAUUUUUUCCCUUCUUUACCUCCCCCCCUCCCCAACCUCUUGAUAUCAAAAUUUAAAAGUUGGAGGCGAGGCAGCAGGGACCGUGGUCAAGGAUGGACGAGCAGCCUCGGUUGAUGCACUCCCACGGGGUAGGCAUGGCCGGACACCCCGGCCUGGCGCAGCAUAUGCAGGAUGGCACGGCGGGGACGGACGGAGAGGGAAGAAAGCAGGACAUCGGAGACAUAUUACAGCAAAUAAUGACCAUCACAGACCAAAGCUUAGACGAAGCACAGGCGAGGAAACAUGCACUGAACUGCCACAGAAUGAAACCUGCACUCUUCAAUGUCUUGUGUGAAAUAAAGGAGAAAACAGUGCUCAGUAUCCGUGGCGCCCAGGAGGAGGAGCCUCCAGAUCCUCAGCUGAUGCGACUGGACAACAUGCUGCUGGCAGAGGGCGUGGCGGGGCCGGAGAAAGGCGGCGGGUCGGCAGCCGCAGCGGCCGCCGCAGCAGCCACUGGCGGCGUCGGUGCCGACAACUCAGCGGAACACUCCGACUACCGGGCCAAGCUGACUCAGAUUCGACAAAUUUACCACACAGAGCUGGAGAAGUAUGAGCAGGCAUGCAACGAGUUCACCACCCAUGUGAUGAACCUGCUGAGGGAGCAGUCUCGAACGCGACCCAUCUCGCCCAAAGAGAUCGAGCGCAUGGUCGGCAUCAUCCACCGCAAGUUCAGCUCCAUCCAGAUGCAGCUGAAACAGAGCACCUGCGAGGCCGUCAUGAUCCUGCGCUCACGCUUUCUCGACGCCAGACGGAAGAGGAGGAACUUCAACAAACAGGCGACAGAGAUCCUAAACGAGUACUUUUACUCCCAUCUCAGUAACCCCUAUCCCAGCGAGGAGGCCAAGGAAGAGCUGGCCAAGAAAUGCGGCAUCACAGUGUCACAGGUAUCAAACUGGUUUGGGAACAAGAGAAUCCGAUACAAGAAAAACAUCGGCAAGUUUCAAGAAGAGGCCAACAUGUAUGCAGCGAGGACUGCAGUCAAUGCAACCAGCGUGUCUGCUCACGGCAGCCAGGCAAACUCCCCAUCAACACCCAAUUCAGCAGGUUCUGCUGGCUCUUUUAACAUGUCAAACUCCGGGGACUUGUUCAUGAGUGUGCAGUCCCUCAAUGGGGACUCGUACCAAGGGGGGCAGGUUGGGGCCAACAUACAAUCCCAGGUGGAUACCCUUCGCCAUGUUAUCAGCCAGACCGGAGGAUACAGUGACAGCCUCGCGGCCAGCCAGAUGUACAGUCCACAGGGCAUCAAUACAAAUGGUGGCUGGCAAGAUGCUCCAACUCCUUCGUCAGUGACAUCGCCCACAGAAGGACCCGGGAGCGUUCAUUCGGAUACUUCCAACUGAACAUAUCCAUCUCUACACCUCAUUGAACAAGAAAAGAAAAGAAAAGAAAAAAAAAAACAUGGACUGACCUUCCUAUUCACAGUAUUAAACAAAGGAAUUCUCUGUCCCGCAAUUUGGAGAGCUACUGUGAAAUCCUAACCAGUAAAAAAAGAAAAAGAAAAAAGAUAUUUCCUCUGCUUAUAAUGUCGGACAUCUGGGAUACAAACAAAAAGUUUUGCAAUGAAAAUCCAAACUGUACCACAGGAGACAUUUGUACAGAUUUCACAUUAUAUUCAGAGGGCUGGGGUUACGUAUUCACUCAUGUUUUCACUCAUAAUAAUGAAAUGAUAUGAUAAAGUCAAUAAAUCAAAUGAUUGGUUUUAACUGAAAAUACUUCAUUCUACCUCUCAGCCACUAAAAAAAAAAUAGAAAAAAUAUGUCAGUGACCAUUAUUUGUUUUGUAAAAAUGAAACUUUUGUCUUUGCAAGCAAGAGGCACAUCUACAUACUUCUUACAUUUUGUUGUCUCUCACCUAUUCUAUGGUACGCCAUUUAGACUUAAAUAUUGCUCAGUUGUUUACAAUGUGUGCUUGAUAAAAGUAUGUUCAUCUUCCCCUUUGUCUCCCGAUGAGUCGAAACAGAGUUCUGUCGGGAGAUUUUACCUCUAAGGUAACCCUGUGAAGUAUGUUAUCUGUAAAACAAUAAAUAAAUACUUGUCAUCAAA